AUGAGCAAAAGUCACAAUCAACAAAUGAGUAUGAACAUGAUGGAGAAACAUGAACAAACUGUAGCGAUGCUUAACGAUGAAAAACAUCCAACACGGACAAGAAUUGAUGAUAAUCAAGGAGAAUAUCCACCUCCUCCGAAAGGUUUUUGUGGUCAUUUUCGUGACAAUCUGUUACUUACAUUAACCAUUGCCGGUGUGUUCUUCGGCUUAUUACUCGGAUUUCUAUGUCGUAUGACGAAACCGUCCUCCGAAACGAUUAUGAUUCUUUCGUUUCCCGGUGACAUUUUGAUGCGUAUGCUCAAAAUGCUCAUUCUACCUUUGAUUACAUCCAGUCUCAUCACCGGCUUGGCUGUCCUCGAUCCAAAAUCAAGUGGCAAAUUAGGCUUUUAUGCACUAACAUACUAUCUAUGUACGACAAUGUUAGCCGCUAUACUUGGUAUUUUACUCGUACAAGCUAUUCGACCAGGCGAACGAGAGAAUCAAGCUCAAGUUCGCACAGAACUACUAGGUGAUGAUCCCAAAGCCGAUCAAGUAACGACCCUCGAUGCUAUAUUCGACUUAGUUCGAAAUAUGUUCGCUGAAAAUAUUAUUCAAGCGGGACUUGAGCAAGUGAAGACAACGCGAGAUUACUCUACGACUCGAUUGAAUGAUACGAAUGUGACCAAAGUCAAAUUUACAACACGUUACGUUUCUGGUACCAAUUUCUUAGGUUUGAUUACAUUCUGCUGCGCAUUUGGUAUUGCCAUUGGCACAAUGGGCAAACGCGGAGAACCAAUGUUACAAUUUUUUAUUAUAUUAAAUGAAAUCGUCAUGAAAUUAAUAAAACUGGUCAUGUGGUAUUCGCCAUUCGGUAUCAUGUUUUUAGUUGCUGGCAAAAUUUUAGAAAUAGAUGAUUUAAUUAAAUUAGCUCAGAGUUUAGGCAUGUAUGCUUUGACGGUGUUAACUGGCUUGGCUAUACACUCAUUGAUCACAUUGCCAAUUAUAUUUUAUGCUGUGACGCGACGGAAUCCAUUCUCAUUCUAUCGUGGAAUGCUGCAGGCUUGGCUAACGGGUAUUGGAACAGGCUCAAGUGCGGCGUCGUUACCUGUCACAUUCCGAUGUUUGGAAGAAACGUUGAAGUUAGAUCGACGUGUAACCCGCUUUGUCUUGCCUAUCGGAGCAACUGUUAACAUGGAUGGAACGGCUUUAUACGAAGCAGUCGCUCCGGUUUUCCUUGCUCAAUUAAUGGGCAGACAAUUAGGUGUCGGUCAGUUAAUUAUAGUCAGUUUAACCGCAACAGUAGCCUCUAUUGGAGCUGCGUCAAUCCCAUCAGCAGGCCUGGUAACUAUGCUCUUAGUUAUGUCCGCUGUGAACAUUCCUGCGAAAGAAAUAACAAUCAUCUUUGCUAUUGAUUGGGCCUUAGAUCGAAUUCGAACAUCGGUUAAUAUCUUAGGCGAUGGUAUCGGAGCUGGCAUUGUCGAUCAUCUCGUUCGCGAUAAGCUAGGUCCGAUGGAUCUUGAAGAAGGGGAAGGCACAACUCAUCCAAUAACAGCUCAUACAGCAUCGGAAUUGAAUGCUGCGCGACGUUUACACAGUCGUGAUGAUUUUCAUCAAGCAUCCAAGCUCUAA